AUGCCUAUUGCUAGUGGCUUCACUCAAGAUCCAAAUCCAAAUCUUUACAUUACUAAACCAGGCAAAACUGAAUUAUUAGAUGAAAAUAUUUAUUACAAACGUGAUGAAGUCUAUCAAAAACCUGUUGAAGUUGUCAGACGGCCAAUUAUUAAAGAAACAAUUUUUAUGCCUGAUCGUAAACCACCACCACUAGCUACAACUCGAGAUAUCUAUACAGUUGUACCAGAAUCUAAUCCAGCUGUUUAUACGACAACCAAUGCUCAACCUGCAAGUUCAUUCAAUUUGGUUCGUGCACUAGGUUUAAAUGCUGAUUGUCCAUGUUGGGCAUGGAUAUGUAUUGUUUUUGGUAUUCUUCUACUUCUUGGUCUUACUGCUAUGUGUUUAUAUUUUAUUCUUGGUAUGUUUAUUUCAAAAUCAAAAUUUUUAAAAAAAACAGAUAGUAACAACAAAUUUUUUGUUUUAUUCUAA